CUGUGAGAGCGGUGGAAGGGUGCAGAGUGUGACACACCGGGGUGUACGGUCCAUGCCGGGCGGAGGAGACCGGACACAGGAGCGGCCCUGACACCACCGGACUGACCGUCUACUCCGAACUCAGCCCGCACCGGACCCCUGCACUUGGGCUGUGCUCCGGGAAUGGAAGCGGAGAAGAUGGACGAGAAUGAAUGGAGUUACCACGGGGAGGGGAACAAAAGCCUGGUGGUGGCGCACUCACAGAGAUGUGUGGUCUUGAGGUUCCUGAAGUUCCUUCCAAACAGAAAUCUGAUGACAGAAGAAGUUUAUCAGCAUUUGCACAAUAUUCUAGAUUUUGGCAAACACAUAAUGAAGCAGUUUUUAGGGGAAAACUAUGUUCACCAUGGAGAUGUAGUGAAAUUACCCUUGGAUUUUCUCAAACGCCUCUGUCUGAAGGUGCAGUCCGAAAGACCAGAGUCUCGAUGCAAAAAAGAUAUGGACGUCAGUGGGUAUGCCAUGUGCCUUCCUGACCUCACCCGUUUGCAGACUUUCCCUUUUGUCGAGCACAGGCCGAUAUUUUGCAUAGAGAUUAAGCCCAAAUGUGGAUUUAUCCCCUCUUCAGCCCAUAUCACGAAGGAGAUAAAGAAGAAGACGUGUCGCUACUGUAUGCAUCAGCAUCUGAAGGUUGCCAAAGGAAAAUGGAAGCGGAUCAGCAAAUACUGCCCUUUGGAUCUCUUCUCGGGCGAUAAGCAGAGGAUGCAUUUUGCCUUGAUGAGUUUACUCCAGGAGUCUCAGAACAACUUAAAAAUCUUCAAGAAUGGAGAAUUAAUCUAUGGCUGCCGGGAUGACCAGGAGUACCUCUCAGACCUGAACGAGCUCGCUCGCCAAUUGCGGCCAUUUUUCUUCCCUGCUAGUGGAUUGGUCGGUGUGCCUCAGAGCACAAAAAAUGUCCUGAAAGAACUGAUUCACGUGCUGACCACCACGCUGCUAAGUACCAGUGCGGACACCGGGCGAGCCGGGAACAUGAAGCCCAUCCCAGUGUCACAGGGAAGGAAUUACUGCGAAGCGAGUCACUUCUGUACAGAGUAUCUGAGAAGUGGUAAACACAAGAUGGAGAGCACGGGGUUACCUAAAGGUUGCAUCUUGUAUAAGAUGCUCCAGGCUCAGAUGCUGGACAUGCUGGACAUUGAAGGGCUUCAUCCUUUGUAUAAGAGGGUAGAGAAGUAUCUGGAAGAGUGCCCCGAGGAGAGAAGUACUUUACUAUUGGAUGGACCGUAUGAUGAAACCUUCUUUGAGAGGCUAAAGGAUCUGUCACUGGAAGAUGAUGGCAGUGUGGAGUAUGCAGUAACUAAGAUUCAGCAGUAUCGAGUCGCCAUGACGGCCAAGGACUGUUCAGUAAUGAUCGCCCUCUCCCCCGCAGUUCCGGAGGAAUGCUUUGAGUCAAGACCUCUUAUAAAAGCCUCAAGAUCCAGCUUCAUGUAUUCCGUUUCCAUCCUGGACUUGGACCUAAAGCCCUAUGAGAACAUACCGUACCAGUACAAGCGGGACAGUAAGAUUGUGAACCAUUACCUGAAGAGCAUGCAGACUCGGGAGGAGCCGAGCACAUCACUCAUCUUUCCUGAGAGUGAAGACUGCACCCUGCUCCUGCACCAAGUAUAGUUCAGCCAUGGUCUUUAUUAGCGGUGAAUGCUGCUGCGUCAUGCUGUCACGUUGGCGCUCUGCCUCGCAUGCCGGAUCAGCAAGACGCACUCUUUUUUUUUUUUUUUUGUAAUGCGGAGGCCAUGCUUAUUCAUCUUGACGUGUGAAUUUCUGAGAACCAUGACCAGGAACGGCUCAUUGCUGCACGGUGCACACUGUAUAUAAAGCCUUCGCCUCUGGUGGUUUGAUACCUGAAGAAAAAAACUACAACCUAUUUGUAAAGUUUAUAAAGAUAAGAAAACCUUUUCAUACCGAGGAAGGACGAGCUGCCAUUAGACAAAUCCUGGUCCUUUGCAUUCAUUCUGCUGCUUUCAUAUAGAGUGCCUAAGGGGAGGUCCAGGCAUACCUCGAAAAACUGAGCCUUAUGCAAAGGUCCGUGCUGUAUCAGGGUAAUGACACGUAGGACUCUUCACAGGCUGCGGUUUUAUACAAUGUGCAAUGAAAACAGAUUGGAUUUCCUUAAUGUGUAUAGGCUGUAGAAGCCAUUUUUUUAUUUUUUUUUAUUUUCAAUUCCAGAAAUGGUUUUUGUCUGCGAACGUCCUAUGAAGAAGUGAAGAAACCCGGACUGCGUCCAUGAACCCCUUUCAUUGUUCUUCCAGUCCCAAUAUGUGUUUUGUUCUUUACUAGGAAAGAAUUUAUUAGGUGUCUAUGUAAGUUUACUGGAAAGUCCCUCGGCAUUGACGCUGCCAGAGGUAAAGUCUUAGCAUAUUUUAAGUUCAUGACCCCCCAAUGAAUUGUAUGUGGGAACAAUGAAUUCACACACUGUUCCAUUUUCUCGUGAGGCAGCAAUGAGCCUUAUAUUGGUUGCUAAUACCUCAUACCUCUGAACUAGACAGUGACGUCUUCAUUCUUAUAUCAGGGGGGUAGCUGCAAACUUUCCCAUGAUGCAUUGUAAUGUAGACAUGUAUUCUGCCGUCCUGUUAGGUCAGGGUUUCCCAACCAGGGUGCCUCCAGC